AUGGACAUCAGCCAUCGUGCGGUCAUCCGCUACUUCGGUCUCACGGGCUUAACACCCAAGGAGAUCCACGAAGACAUGGUGAUCACACUAGGGGAGGAUACCCCUUUAUACAGCAUGGUGAAGAAGUGGGCUGCUGAAUUCAAACAUGGCAGGGAGAGUCUGGAAGACGACCCCCGUCCGGGAAGGCCAGUCACCGUCACCACACAGAAGACCAUUGCCAAGAUUCAUGACAUCAUCAUUGCAGACAGACGAGUAACGAAGCGUUACAUUGCCACUGAGUUGGGUAUCUCCCAGGAACGCAUCCAUGCAGUCAUCCACAACGAACCUCAAAUGUCCAAGGUGUCAGCACGUUGGGUCCCAAAGCUUCUUGGACCUGAUCUGAAACGGACUCGGCUCAACAUGUCAAGGGAAAAUCAAGUUUUCUUCGGCGAUUUGCGACUAUGGAUGAGACCUGGGUCCAUCACUUCCAACCAGAGACGAAGCAGCAAUCGAAGCAGUGGAAACACCCAGGCUCUCCGCCUCCCAAGAAAGCCAAGACUGUGA